AUGUCUUUAAGUUGGUUGUUGGUGCUAUCACUGGCACUUGCACUCGCGGGUUCAAUCCCAGCAGAGAAUGAGUCCGCUAUCUAUCUACCGGAGCUCACAAAUCAGCAGCCAAUAGCUUGGGGAGCAGGCGAUGACUUUAAAUCAUCUACUGGUACAGAGUAUUUGAAGUUGAGCGUGAAGACUGAGCUGCAAAAGCGGCUAUCGCAGACAGCUGGCGUCUUCCUCGAGGGAGAAGAUGCGUUUUCGGGCCUGGACGCCCGGUAUACCAAUUAUAAAAGACCGGACUACAUCGUAGCUGUUCAGGUUGCAGAGGAACAAGAUGUUAUAGAGACUGUCAACUAUGCGCGGGCGAGAGGCAUCAAAUUCGCAGCUCGUGCUGGUGGUCACAGUCUCACAACUUCCCUGCGGCGCAUUCAGCAAGGUAUUGCGAUCGACAUGAGGAAAUUGAACAGCGUCAGUUACGACAAGGAGAAGAGACAGAUGACUGUUGGCGGUGGUAUCACGACGGGCGAGUUCGCCAACGCCACCCAUGAACAGGGCAUGGAAGUUACUGUGGGGUCGUGCCCCUGUACCGGUGUGCUCGGUGUCUCGCUGGGCGCGGGUAUCGGUCGACUUCAAGGGAAGUAUGGCUACUUAAAUGAUAACAUGAUUGCUGCUCGCCUUCUUCUCGCCAACGGGACGGUCAUCGUAGCAUCAGACAGCAGCAACCCGGAUCUCUUCUGGGCCCUUCGUGGCGCAGGACACAAUUUUGGCAUCGUACUCGAGGCAACCUACCAAGUGUAUCCCCAGCUCAACAACGGUAAGCACUUCAUCGCGGACUUCGAAUUUGGCCUGGACAAGGUAGAAGAAGUCUUCGAGACCAUCAACGCGAUUGCAGACCCGAUGCCCCAAGAAGUGGCAAUAUUUGUCAUUGGUCGGCGUCGGGGAGCAAAUGGCAAGCCAACACUUAAUGUGAACAUCGUAUACUCGGGUCCCGAGGAAGAGUCCGCACCCUUCGUCAAGCGAUUUGAUGCAAUUUCACCCGUCUGGAAAGACGCUAAGGUUGCCACAUGGGAUGCUCUACCAUGGGCGACAUACAACGGCCUAAACAAUGUUCUCUGCACCCCUCAAGGCUGGGCCAGAUUUCCGAUCAAGAACUUCUAUGGAGCCAACGUGAAGCAGUAUGACAUUCCGACAAUGCGCUCGUACUUUGAUGGUUGGAGGGACAUGAAUGCGAAGUAUGAUGGCGAUGCCAUGUUCAGCGUCAUGUUCGAGUCAUUCCCUCAACAGAGAGUUCGUGAGAUACCAGAUGAUCAAACGGCUUAUCCAUGGCGUCAUGGGUCUCAACAUUUCCUUAUGAUUGAAGCAGCUUACAAGACGCCCUCAAACGAGGAUGCCUUUGACAAGUGGUUAUCAAGCCAGCAGGACAGAUUCGUAGAAACAUCGGGCUACGGGCGCUUGCAGCAAUACGUUAAUUAUGGGCAUGGCUCCAAAGACCCCCCAGAAGCGCUUUAUGGCUACGAACCAUGGCGAUUGGAGAAGCUUAGGCGUCUGAAGCAGGAAUUUGACCCGGAAGGUUGGUUUAAUGGCUAUCAGCCCUUCGUAGAGGAAUCUGAGCUAUGA